GCGAGGAAACUUCGGACAGCGUCCAGUGGGUUACUAUUUUUUGGAAAGUUUGUGUUUAUCGUUGUGUAUUUUUUUUUUAAAUUACACAGGCCAGACGCGAUGCCGAAGAAGCCGGUGAUAAACGCCUACGCCCUGUUCGUGGCCGACCAGAAGAAGCACGGGGUUCGCUUCCAAGGAGACGCCUACCAGUACUUCGGCCCCGCCUGGCAGGCGCUGCCGGAACACGAGCGCGCACACUUCACGGAGCUGGCGCGCGACCUCAAGUUCAAGCAGCGCUCGGAGCUGGAGUGCAAGUUCACCACGUCGGGGCAGAGCUACGCCGAGGUGGAGCGCAUCCGGGCCGAGAGGGGCGAGAAGCUGUCGCAGAUGAACCAGACCAUCCAGGACACCGUCGCGGGACUCGCCCUGGAGAACAAGCUGGCGCAACACCCCUUCUACCUGAUGCACGUCAACUACUACUGUGCCUCCGACCAGGGCGUGUACUACCCCGCCGAGGUGGGCCUGGUCAAGUUCAGCUUGGCCGGCGGCGUCCAGGACUUCUACCACAAGAUCCUGAACCCAGGGCAGUUCCCCACCGGCUCGUUCCGGAACGCGAUGGAGCACUCGAAGGAGACGCACAACCUGCCCUGCCCGCCUGACCCCAAGAUAGCAGAGGCCGACUUCAACAAGAUCGACAAAGAGAUAAAAGAGUUUUUGUUGGGCGCGGAGGGCCUGGCCCAGGCGGUGGGAGCGUACCGGCGCAGCCAGCGCCCCAUCCGGCUGCCCCCGCUCUACACCUACUACAGCAAGGAGAUGCUGCACUUCAACAAGGACAGCGACGUGGUGGUGCGCAGCUUCAUGGCCCACCUGCCCGACGGCCAGCGGGAGAAGUACGACGUGCGGGUGUACGAGCUGCCCAAGCUGCUGUUCGAGCUGUGCAACGCGUGCGCGCAGCAGGCCGGCCUGGACUUCGGCUUCCCGUCCAUCGUCGCGGCCCAGGCCGAGCUGGAGCGGGACGUGUUCUCCCACUGCGUCGGCAUCGCCUGCCCCUUCCACGAGGACGGGGACUACGCCUCGUUCUGCAGCCUUUCGUGGGCGCGGCGCUGGGCCUUCACGCUCGCCGACUUCUGCUGCAAGCACCUGGGCAUCCACCCCGUGCCGGGACUGCACUGCCCCAUCAAGGCCGCCCCCUUCCAGAGGAUCGAGGCUCCCCAGCAGGAGCAGUUCCUGAACGGCAGACCACAGCGGGUGCCGGUGUCCGUGCCCACGCCUGCGGCACCGGUCGCGGAGGUGACGAAGAAGCGAGUCCCGGUCGCGGAGCCCCUGAAGGAGCUGCGCCAGCCGCAGGUCUCGUGUGUCGACGCGCUGGCCUCGCAGUUCUCCGACAAGCUCAGGACGUCGGGCAAGCCGGCCGGGUCUGUGAGGGGGCCCAGCCGAGGGGUGGCCGGAGCAGAGCCGGUGGUGGGGGCGGGGCGCGGCGCCGCGGUGGCCCACAAGCUGGGGCUGGGGAGCACCGAGUCCGUGGCGGCGGCCGGCCGCGGGCGCCGGCUGCCCGACAGCUCGGGUAACUAACAAUCGACCAGAUUGUUAGGUGACGACAGGUGAAUCAAGAUGAUUGCAACUCCUGGUUCGGAGGUGGGACAUUCAGUCAGUCAUGAUUGUGUACUGAUUUCUGUUAAGUUUAUUUUUAAUGUUUGAUACAAGGAUUUUAUGUUAACUCCAGACUUGUUCAUUAUUUUAUAAACAGUUACUCAUAAGAGUUUAUUUUUGUACGAGUUUCAAAGUUUUAGAGGAGUAAGAUUUUGCGAUGAGUGUGGGUUCUGCAUGCAGUUGCCGGCAGUCUUCUAAACUCUAAAGCUUUGAGUUAUGUGUGAAGGCUCGGAAGAAAAGGUAUUGAGACUGGACUAGGUGACACCAGUGACUACGCUACGGUGGCUGCUGUCAAGAUGUUUGCUUUUUGUUUAUUCUUACUUAUUACUAGACAUGUUCCAUACAGUAUGUGCAUAGACAUCAGUGCGGUUACUGCUUUAGUCUUUACUCUCCAGCAUAUAUUAUCACUUUUAUUUUAAUUUCAGUGCUAAUGAGUAUUCCCAGCAGCAAAUUGUAUGGCAGUUUAUUGAGCCCUUGAUUAGUAUUGUGUGUUCAGUCGUUGGUUAUUUUUUACUGGUGUGAUGAAUGUCACAGUAAUUGUUAGUUUUUAACUAUUAUAAAAAAUAUUAAGGAGUCCUGAAAAUGGCUCACCUGGUAUUUGUACUUCUUGUGUUACUUAUCAAGUGUAAGUGUGUGUAAGUCUGUAUUUGACUUUUUAUUAACGUCAUGUCCUGUGCAACAUGCGAUUUCUUGAUUUGUAUUAUGGCAAAUACAACAAAGUUACUAGGAAUGAAAGUGAUAUUUAUAAUUUGGAAGCAAGCUUCAUGUUUAGUUGUGUAUUUUAAGGGUUUUAACGCUGCUGUUGUUUCUUCAAGAGUUCCUGGUAUGUGAGGUAGAGGUUACAUUGUUACAUAUUUGCACUGUUACAAUGUCUGUGCGGGAAAGAAUUUUUUUGAUGCUGGAAAAAAAUUUUCUCAUGAGAAACAUUAAUGGAAAAAUAUCAAUAGAAAUAUACAAAACCUAGAAUUUGGUGUCCUGAAAUUAUUAUUUUUUAAUAUCCUUCACAAGGGUAAAAUGUAAAAUAUAAAUAAAACCACAUUUAAAAUUAAGAUGUAAAUAUAUUAAAGAUUGCAGGCUUUCGCGGCCAUUGAAGUAGCUUGGCUUCUGGGUUGUAGCUGCGUCCAAGGCGAAUAUAUCACUGACUUUUCUGUUGAUGUUGCAGUGGCCAUCAUCAGGGUCGAGUUACCCACCGAGGUUAUUACAAGUUCAUUUUUUAAUGUGGUAUUUCAGGUAUGUCGUAGGUAAUUACAUACGUCAGUUGUUAAAUAAUAUCACACUGCCUUAAAAACUUGUUUUGUAAACAAAACCGUAAAUGCAUAUUCUAUUGUGGUAAUCGUGAAACUGUCAUAUUUACCAUAGUUAAAGUUUAUUUUGAAGUAAAUAUGUACUAUGUAUGUUCUGCAGUUGAUUUAUUUAAAGAUAAACUUAAAAUUCCAAAAAAUUUCUGGAAAUUAAUUUUCCUUCCUGACGGGGAAAAAAUGUUUACUUUCCCUAAAUUUUUCCAGAGUAUUGGGAUCCCGCACAGACCUACUUUUAUUAUUUUUUUAUUUUUUGUUGUCUUGUUGGUCUAUGUGAUCACAUUUUGUAUCUUUUUAGUUGCCUGUGUAUUAUUUAAAGAAAUAUUACUUAUCAGAAAUUAUUUGGCUUAUAAUAAUUUAGAUCCUGAUUUUAAAUAAAUUCAUGUGAUCAUAUUUAAACAGUUAUAAAAGGAUUUUCUACUAAACAAGUCUAUUUAUGGUUUUUAUGACAUAUGGAAUUUGUCUGUAGUAUAAAGUUUUGAAUUAACUAUGUGUAUGUAGCCAAUCAUCUUCGAAAUGCUUCAGUGUUAAAAUAUCAUUCGUAAAUCAAUAAAAAUUAUGCUAUCCCUUAAACGAUAGUUUUUUCAGGGUGUAAGAGAUGAUAAUUUUGCAAUCCUUGAUAUUAUAAAUUCUCUUUUAUGUUGUGACUGUUUAAACUUUGUUAAUAUUGAAAUUACCUUGUUUUCUUAUCAGCAAUACCUGGUUGAAUAUGUGCUCAAGAUCUAGUGUUACAUAUACUUUGUAAAGUGUUAGAAAACUGUAGUAAAGCAUUAGUUGUUCCAGUGCUAAUCUCUGCUGCAAAUCUGUAGCACUCUUGUGUUGUGUGUUAUAUAGUAGUGUGUGUGCACAUGAAGACAUUUGCAGAACACAAGAUAUUUGUAAAUUAGAGGAUUUCGUCAUUUGUACUUUCAAUAUGCUUUUGUUUACUGCACUUUGCCAAAUCAGAGAUAAUAGUGAUGCACUGAAACGAA